AUGCUAGGAGUAUCCCGUUUCACGCAAGUGAGGGACGGGAUUCGAAGUUCUCUAGUACGUCAGCGAUCGAAGAUUAGAGACGCCGUCGCUUUUGCCAAAGAAAGUAAAAUAAGGUGGGCCGGACACGUGAUGCACUUUAACGACAACCGUUGGACCAGAGCCGUGAGCAACUGGGCUCCCCGCGAUAUUAAGCGCACUACAGGAAGACCGCCAACCCGAUGGUCAGAUUUCUUCACGAAGUCCUUCAAAGAAAAUUAUGGUGCUCUUCGUGCCCCACGCGAAAGGAAGAACCACUGGGCGACUCUGGCACGCGAUCGGGACAAAUGGAAGAAUUACUGGCGCCCGCUCGACCAGUUCGAAGAUCAACGGCAGUCAAAGUGA